GGCCUCAAAAUUAAGGUGUGUCUUAUACAUGGGGAAAUACAGUAAUCACUGAUCCUUUAGGAACAAGGAUCAUUUUGAUGAACUUUCAUCUACGUAGUUGUCAUUUCUUUUCACGUUUUUGGAUUUGUUGCAAUAAUAGCACUGGGUUUGCCAAAAUGAAUAAAAGGCGAUUGUGGCCCUUCAGAUCAGGGUUCAGCAUACUUUUUCUACUGUAAAGGGUCAGAUGGUCCAUCGUUCUGUCUAUGGGAGCCACUCUGCGUUGUAGAGAAAGCAGCCACGGGCAAACAUGUAGAUGAACAGAUGGAGCCAAUAAAACUAUGGACACUGAAGAUGGAAUUCAGUACGACUUGCACGUGUCAUAACGCCUUUUUUUUUUUUUUUAAGCAUUCCGCAAAUGUAAAAUCCACUCUUAGUUCGGGAGCCAAUCAGGCAGCAUGGGCCAGAGUUUGCAGAUUCCUGUUCUAGGUGCUGCCACUCAGACGUCAGCAAGGAGCCCGGCUGUUGUGAUCUCCCACUGUCAGGGCAGUUCUGUGUGGCUCGCUGUGGGAGCAUGUUAAGAGCCUGGCCCCAAGUAAUUCCCAUUUCCUCCCUUCUCAGGCAAGGACAAGAGUAUCUGCUGAGGGCUUUUGGAAACCCAGGAAGUCAGUAUUGCAAAAUGUUGUCCUGGGAACCCCACGUUAUAAAAUAAUCACGUGACAGUCCUAUCUGUGACCGGAGUCCAGUCGGGUUUUCUGAAUGAGCCUGCUUCUUUUUCUCUCUUGUCUGAUUUUGUCCUGUCUAACCUUUUCCUGGUUAAAAAUCUGGGGGAAAAUGACGGACUCCAAGCCAGUCACCAAGAAUAAAACAGAGACAAGCUUCAUCCAAAGCCAGGAGGCCUUUCCAGCUUCCAACAGCUCAGGAGAGCAAUCACAGAAGAACGGCAACGACAGUUCUCUGCCAAAGACUCCUAACCAAGCUGAGCUGGCCUCCCGCAAAGAUCCCAAAGAUGCCCGUUGGCAAAGAACUUCUCGGCCACCGCCACAUCGGAAUCCCCUAAAAAAACCCCUUUCCUCUGGUGAUGCCUCCUCAGCCAAUGAGACAGGGACCCAAGGCCAGGAAGCCCCAGAUACCAAUGGCCAGCCCUCGCCAGCCAGGCCCCAGGGCCAGCGAGCCAGACCCCUCUCCAAAGAAGAUGAGAAGCAGGCACACAUCAGGAGGCAGCUGAUGACCAAGUUCAUCCUGGGCUCCUUUGAUGACAACUCCUCUGAUGAGGAUCCCGGCACCGGCUUGUUCCGAGAAUCUUCCCGCAGGGGCAGCCGGGCCAGCCUGGGGACCCUGUCCCUGGAGGCUGCUCUGACUGCAGGUGACUCCGAGACCCUCGUCUCCACUAUAAGCAAGAUCACCAAAGACCCAGAACGCCAUUUGAACUCAGACCCUCAGCAGAUGCAGGUGCAGAGCGAGAUCCCGGGCUCCCCGAUCUUUCUCAUGAAGCUGGCCCAGCACGCCCGUCACCUGGAGGUCCAGAUCCUCGCCGACCGGUAUGGGAACGCCGUGUCCCUGUUUGGGCGAGACUGCUCCAUCCAACGGCGGCAUCAGAAAAUCAUCGAGGAGGCACCUGCCACCAUCGCCACACCGGCUGUGUUCGAGUUCAUGGAGCAGUGUGCUGUCCUACUGGCCAAGACAGUAGGCUAUGUGAGUGCAGGGACGGUCGAAUAUCUCUACAGCCAGGAUGGCAGCUUCCACUUCUUGGAGCUGAAUCCCCGCCUGCAGGUGGAACACCCCUGCACAGAGAUGAUCGCUGAUGUCAACCUGCCGGCCGCCCAGCUUCAGGUCGCCAUGGGCGUGCCGCUGCACCGACUGAAAGAUAUCCGGCUUCUGUACGGAGAGUCACCGUGGGGGUUGACACCCAUUUCUUUUGAUUUUCCUUCCAACCCUCCUCUCGCCCGAGGCCAUGUGAUUGCAGCCAGAAUCACCAGUGAAAACCCAGAUGAGGGGUUUAAGCCGAGCUCUGGAACAGUCCAGGAACUGAAUUUCCGGAGCAGCAAGAAUGUGUGGGGUUAUUUCAGUGUGGCUGCUGCCGGUGGCUUACACGAGUUUGCUGAUUCCCAGUUUGGGCACUGCUUCUCCUGGGGAGAGAACCGGGAAGAAGCCAUUUCCAACAUGGUGGUGGCUUUGAAGGAACUGUCCAUCCGAGGUGACUUCAGGACCACCGUGGAAUAUCUCAUUAACCUCCUGGAGACUGAGAGCUUCCAGAACAACGACAUCGACACCGGGUGGCUGGAUCACCUCAUCGCUGAGAAAGUGCAGGCCGAGAAGCCGGAUAUCAUGCUCGGGGNUGGGGGCCAGGUCCUCCCCGCAUAUUCUCUGCGCAACACUGUGGACGUGGAAUUAAUUUACGGAGGCAUCAAGUACAUUCUCAAGGUGGCCCGGCAGUCUUUGACCAUGUUUGUCCUCAUCAUGAACGGCUGUCACAUCGAGAUUGAUGCCCACCGGCUGAAUGAUGGCGGGCUUUUGCUGUCUUACAAUGGCAACAGCUACACGACCUACAUGAAAGAAGAGGUUAGCAGUUACCGGAUUACCAUCGGCAACAAGACGUGUGUGUUUGAGAAGGAGAAUGACCCCACAGUCCUGAGAUCCCCCUCGGCUGGGAAGCUGACUCAGUACACUGUGGAGGAUGGGGGCCAUGUGGAGGCUGGAUGCAGCUACGCUGAGAUGGAGGUGAUGAAGAUGAUCAUGGCCUUGAACGUGCAGGAAAGUGGCCGGGUGAAGUACAUCAAGCGCCCCGGGGCCGUGCUGGAAGCGGGCUGUGUGGUGGCCAGGCUGGAGCUCGAUGACCCUUCUAAAGUGCACCCGGCCGAGCCCUUCACAGGAGAGCUCCCGCCCCAGCAAACGCUGCCCAUCGUGGGAGAGAAGCUGCACCAGGUCUUCCACAGCGUCCUGGAAAACCUGACCAACAUCAUGAAUGGCUACUGUUUGCCGGAGCCUAUUUUUAGCAUAAAACUGAAGGAGUGGGUGCAGAAGCUCAUGAUGACCCUCCGACACCCGUCGCUGCCACUGCUGGAGCUGCAGGAGAUCAUGACCAGCGUGUCGGGCCGCAUCCCCGCCCCCGUGGAGAAGUCGGUCCGCAGGGUGAUGGCCCAGUACGCCAGCAACAUCACCUCAGUGCUGUGCCAGUUCCCCAGCCAGCAGAUAGCCACCAUCCUGGACUGCCACGCGGCCACCCUGCAGCGGAAGGCUGACCGGGAGGUCUUCUUCAUGAACACGCAGAGCAUCGUACAGUUGGUCCAGAGGUACCGCAGUGGGACCCGCGGCUACAUGAAAGCAGUGGUGUUGGAUCUCCUGCGAAAAUAUUUACUUGUCGAGCACCAUUUCCAACAAGCCCACUACGACAAGUGUGUGAUAAACCUCAGGGAACAGCUGAAACCAGACAUGUCCCAGGUGCUGGACUGCAUCUUCUCCCACGCGCAGGUGGCCAAGAAGAACCAGCUGGUGAUCAUGUUGAUCGAUGAGCUCUGCGGCCCAGACCCUUCCCUGUCGGAGGAGCUGACCUCCAUCCUCAACGACCUCACUCAGCUGAGCAAAACCGAGCACUGCAAAGUGGCCCUCAGAGCCAGACAGGUCUUGAUUGCCUCCCAUCUCCCCUCCUACGAGCUGAGGCACAACCAGGUGGAGUCUAUUUUCCUGUCUGCCAUCGACUUGUAUGGCCACCAGUUUUGCCCGGAAAACCUCAAGAAAUUAAUCCUCUCGGAAACGACCAUAUUUGACGUCCUGCCCACUUUCUUCUAUCAUGCUAACAAAGUUGUCUGCAUGGCGUCCUUGGAGGUUUAUGUGCGGAGGGGCUACAUCGCCUAUGAGUUAAACAGCCUGCAGCACCGGCAGCUCCCGGACGGCACCUGCGUGGUGGAAUUCCGGUUCAUGCUGCCCUCCUCCCACCCGAACCGGAUGGCCAUGCCCAUCAGUGUCACCAACCCCGACCUGCUGAGGCACAGCACUGAGCUCUUCAUGGACAGUGGCUUUUCCCCUCUGUGCCAGCGGAUGGGGGCCAUGGUCGCCUUCAGGAGAUUCGAGGAGUUCACCAGGAACUUUGAUGAAGUCAUCUCCUGCUUCGCCAACGUGCCCAGGGACAGCCACCUGUUCGGCAAGGCCCGCACUUCCUUGUACUGUGAGGAGGACGGCAAGAACUUCAGAGAAGAGCCGAUCCACAUCUUAAACGUGGCCAUCCAGAGCGCGGACCACCUGGAGGACGAGGAGCUGGUGCCGAUUUUGCGGACAUUCGUCCAGUCCAAGGACCGCUGUGUGGACCAAGCAGGCUCUUGUCUCCUGUCAGACUCGAUGUGUGUCUAUGUGUGCAUCUGUCUUCUCUGUCUGGUUGGCCUGCAGUUUGCAGAAGAUCGCAUUUACCGUCACCUGGAGCCUGCCCUGGCCUUCCAGCUGGAGCUCAGCCGGAUGCGCAAUUUCGAUCUGACUGCCGUGCCCUGUGCCAACCACAAGAUGCACCUUUACCUGGGCGCUGCCAAGGUGAAGGAAGGUACGGAAGUGACGGACCACAGGUUCUUUAUCCGCGCCAUCAUCAGGCACUCAGACCUGAUUACAAAGGAAGCCUCCUUCGAGUACCUGCAGAAUGAGGGUGAGCGGCUGCUCCUGGAGGCCAUGGACGAGCUGGAGGUGGCGUUCAACAACACCAGCGUGCGCACCGACUGCAACCACAUCUUCCUCAACUUUGUGCCCACGGUCAUCAUGGACCCCUACAAGAUUGAGGAGUCGGUGCGUUCCAUGGUGAUGCGCUACGGCAGCCGGUUGUGGAAACUCCGCGUGCUACAGGCAGAGGUCAAGAUCAACAUCCGUCAGACCACCAUCAGCAAUGUCCUUCCCAUCCGCCUGUUCAUCACCAAUGAGUCAGGCUACUACCUGGACAUCAGCCUCUACAAAGAAGUCACCGACCCCAGAUCCGGAAACAUCAUGUUUCACUCCUUUGGCAACAAGCAAGGGCCCCAGCAUGGGAUGCUGAUCAACACGCCCUACGUCACCAAGGACCUGCUGCAGGCUAAGCGAUUCCAGGCCCAGUCGUUGGGAACCACCUAUGUGUAUGACUUCCCAGAAAUGUUCAGGCAGGCUCUCUUUAAAUUGUGGGGCUCCCCAGACAAGUACCCCAAAGACAUCCUGACUUACACUGAACUGGUGCUGGACCCUCAGGGUCAGCUCGUAGAGAUGAACCGACUUCCCGGAGGAAAUGAGGUGGGCAUGGUGGCCUUCAAAAUGAGGUUUAAGACCCGAGAGUACCCGGAAGGGCGAGACGUGGUCGUGAUCAGCAACGACAUCACCUUUAACAUCGGAUCCUUUGGCCUGGGAGAAGACCUUCUGUACCUGCGGGCGUCUGAGAUGGCCCGGGCAGAGGGCAUCCCCAAAAUCUACCUCGCAGCCAACAGCGGGGCCCGUAUCGGCCUUGCAGAGGAAAUCAAACACAUGUUCCAGGUGGCUUGGGUGGACCCAGAAGACCCCCACAAAGGAUUUAAAUACCUGUAUCUGACCCCUCAAGACUACACCAGAAUCAGCUCUCUGAACUCCGUCCAUUGUAAGCACGUCGAAGAAGAAGGAGAAUCCAGGUAUGUCAUCACGGAUAUAAUUGGGAAGGAGGAUGGCCUGGGCAUGGAGAACCUGAGGGGUUCAGGCAUGAUUGCGGGGGAGUCCUCCCUGGCAUAUGAGGAGAUCGUCACCAUUAGCUUGGUGACCUGCCGAGCCCUUGGAAUCGGGGCGUACUUGGUGAGGCUGGGCCAGCGAGUGAUCCAGGUGGAAAACUCCCAUAUCAUCCUGACAGGAGCUGGUGCUCUCAACAAGGUCCUGGGCAGAGAGGUUUAUACAUCCAACAACCAGCUGGGCGGUGUGCAGAUCAUGCAUAACAAUGGCGUAUCCCACAUCACUGUGCCGGAUGACUUCGAGGGCGUUUAUACCAUCCUGGAGUGGCUGUCCUAUAUGCCAAAGGAUAAUCACAGCAUGGUCCCUAUCAUCACACCCACCGACCCCAUUGACAGAGAAAUUGAAUUCCAGCCUUCGAGAGCUCCCUAUGACCCCCGGUGGAUGCUGGCAGGAAGGCCUCACCCGACUCUGAAGGGAUCCUGGCAGAGUGGAUUCUUCGACCAGGGCAGUUUCAGGGAAAUCCUGGAGCCCUGGGCCCAGACCGUGGUGACGGGACGAGCAAGGCUGGGGGGGAUCCCUGUCGGAGUGAUUGCUGUGGAGACGCGGACGGUGGAGGUGGUGGUGCCUGCGGACCCUGCCAACCUGGAUUCCGAGGCCAAGAUAAUCCAGCAGGCGGGCCAGGUGUGGUUCCCAGACUCAGCCUAUAAGACGGCCCAGGUCAUCAAGGAUUUCAACCAAGAGAAGCUGCCCCUGAUGAUCUUUGCCAACUGGAGGGGCUUCUCUGGUGGCAUGAAAGACAUGUACGACCAGGUGCUGAAGUUUGGAGCCUACAUCGUGGAUGGCCUCAGGCAGUACAAACAGCCCAUCCUCAUCUAUAUCCCACCCUAUGCCGAGCUCCGGGGAGGCUCCUGGGUGGUCGUGGAUUCCACCAUCAACCCCCUGUGCAUAGAAAUGUACGCGGACAAAGAGAGCAGGGGGGGUGUUCUGGAGCCAGAGGGAACAGUGGAGAUUAAGUUCCGAAAGAAAGAUCUGGUAAAGGCCAUGAGAAGGAUCGACCCAGCUUAUAAGAAGCUUGUGGAACAGCUAGGAACGUCCGAGCUCUCCGACAAGGACCGCAAGGACCUGGAGGGCCGGCUGAAGGCCCGGGAGGACCUGCUGCUGCCCAUCUACCACCAGGUGGCAGUGCAGUUCGCCGACCUCCAUGAUACGCCCGGCAGGAUGCUGGAGAAGGGUGUCAUUUCUGACAUCCUAGAGUGGAAGACUUCGCGCACUUUCCUGUACUGGCGCCUGCGCCGCCUCCUGCUGGAGGCCCAGGUCAAGCAGGAGAUCCUGCAGGUCAGCAGCGAGCUGAGCCACGUGCACAUCCAGUCCAUGCUGCGCCGCUGGUUCGUGGAGGCAGAGGGAGCCGUCAAGGCCUACCUGUGGGACAACAACCAGAUGGUAGUGCAGUGGCUGGAGCAGCACUGGCAGGUGGGGGAUGGCCUGCGCUCCGCCAUCGGCGAGAACAUCAAGUACCUGAAGCGAGACUCUGUCCUCAAGACCAUCCGAGGCCUGAUCCAGGAAAACCCGGAAGUGGCACUGGACUGCAUGAUAUACAUGAGCCAGCACAUCAGCCCGGCCGAGCGGGCCGAAGUCACUCAUCUCCUGUCUACCAUGGACAGCCCGGCCUCCACCUGACUCCUGCCCACCCAGCCACUUGCAGGACCACGGGCAAGAGAAGCCACACUGACCUGCCGACCGCAAGACCUCACCAGGACCUUAGGGGUUUGCUUUCAAAAAAAAAAAAAAAAUUCCUGGGCAUUUUUGCAGACCUGCUGGCUGCCACCUCACUCCUGUCUCAAUGAACAGCUCAGGCAUGCCCCCCUCUAGGCAGAAAGAGCCUCUUCUCCAUUGUCGGAAAGUUUGUUUUGUUUGAUCUCUUCAGACAAUGUUUUUGCUGCAUCACUGAAUCGAAUUGAACCCAAACGCCCCAGUUUCCUUUUCCUUUUGGGGGCCUAGCGUAUAGGACCUGGGUGUCCUUUUAGGCUCGUUUUAUAUCAGAUCAUGGAAACUUUUAUUUUUUUACUCUGAGACCAGCUCUUGAUGUAAGUAUCAUCUAUAUGUCAGCAGAAUAAAGAGGCCAAGGAAAGAAAUAUAGAGACAAGACAAGGAAAAGAAAGAAACCCAUUUUUGCAAUGAUGCUAUCUGGAGAGUGUCAAGUCACCCAGGAAGGGGUACAAAUGAUUUUUUAUAAGGGGAAUAAAAUGGUAUUUUGUUCCCCAUAUGGCCCCUAGUGAAUCACUAGGAAUGUCCCAUUGGCAGGCUUAGCACUCAUCAGCAAAGAUUCUCUUUUUUGAGAGCGGGAAAGCAAAAUGAGCAGAAUUAUCUGGCCAUAAGUUCCAGGGCAUUUGGAGAUCUCUUCUGCACGUCACAGCCCUCGUCUGCCUCUUCCCUCCGAGGACAAUAAGGACUAGCCCCUCCCCCACCGCCGGAUUGACCACCCUCCCUGGCACACUCCUUCCUGCCCUGUUGGGAGACAGAGGAGGAGAGAAAGCCCUCCCCAAAAUCACAGCCCAACCUGCUGAUGAGCAUCACCACUGUGACUGCCACUACCCCUUAGAGGGCCCCUUCAAGUCACUGCCACUUUUUCACCUGUUGCCUUGAUGUCCAUGGUGGGAUCUGGCCCCAAGGGGCAGAGCUGUUGGUUUCCAAGGACCGACCACAAGGACCACACUGAUGUGCUCAGGGAGGCCUUUUCGACACGCCCACCAGCACCCGGCUCUGAAGGCUGCACAGCAUCAGGGCCUGCCAUCCUGGCCCUGUCCAUCGGUCUCCAGGUGCCAGCGAUGGGGGGAGUGGGCCGCCCCCUGCUGUGGUGAUGGGCACUUUGUCUGAGAACACCCAGCAUUACUCCUGGCCAAUUUGGAGGACAAUGAAGAGGCCAUCAAGGUUGCCCGAGGAAGCCCCCACAAGCCAGAUGCUUGAGGAAGUCUGAAAAAAUUCUGUCCAUCAGCCAAUGACAGCCCUGGCAAGUGAAGGUGGCAUGGGGGCAGUGCGGGGUGGGAGAAAGAUGAAUUAUUCGUUGUCCCAUCCCAAGGCCAGUGGGGGGAAAUCCAUGCUGCUUUGGGAACCGAGUAAGUUUUCCCAAGAGGCCCCCUUGGUUCUGGAGGGAAAGACCAGUCGAUGACUAGCUGCUACCCAGGAAUGGUGGGCGGAGGAACCUACCAGAUGUGUGGAAUAAAUUAUUUUUUAAAAGAA